AUGGCAUCCGUUAUUAGCCUGAAAACACUCUGUCUGGCUGUAAUCAUUGUCGUAACAGCCGUGCCGGUCGUAAUGGGUCAGAACUGUGGGUGCGGUGAUGGGGUUUGCUGCAGCAAAUAUGGCUACUGCGGCAAUGGCAAUGAAUACUCUGGAGAGGGUUAUUGUGAGGGUCCAUGUAACAGUCCCCCAAGUACCACUCCCUCUAACAGUGAUGUUAAUGUGGCUGAUGUUGUCACGUCCCAGUUCUUCAGCGACAUAAUCAACCAAGCUCCUAAUGAUUGUCCUGGCGAGAGUUUUUACACUAGAGAUGCAUUUCUUAAUGCUCUCAAUGCCUUCUCCGGGUUCGGCAAAAUUGGCUCUGCUGAUGAUUCUAAGCGUGAGAUUGCUGCCUUUUUCGCUCAUGUCACUCACGAAACUGGAAACCUUUGCCAUAUAGAAGAGCAGAAUCCUCAAUCAAACUAUUGCGACACAUCAAGAACAUACUAUCCAUGUGCACCAGGGAAGAGCUACCACGGCCGCGGAUCGCUCCAACUAUCGGGGAACUACAAUUACGGUGCGGCUAGAAAGGACCUAAACUUCGAUGGGUUGAGGUUUCCAGAGUCGGUGGCCAAUGACCCUGUCUUGGCAUUCAAGACUGGCUUGUGGUUUUGGAUGAACAAUGUUCGUCCUGUGGUGACACAAGGCUUUGGAGCGACGAUUCAGAGGAUCAAUGGCGCUAUUGAAUGUUGUGGCAAAGAACCUCAGCUUAUUCAAGCUCGUAUUAAUUAUUACACUGAGUAUUGUAAUCAGUUUGGUGUUAGUUAUGGAGGCAGUCUCAGCUGCUAGGAUAUAUAUAUACACAUAUAUAUGGA